AUGGCCGGUCGGCGGCGACUGCAAGAGGAACUAGCACCUGAUUAUGGGCCUGAUGAUGAUGAGUUCUCUGUGGAAGUACAUCAUGGGGGAUUUUUCUGUGGGGCUGGUAGCAGUCGGGUUUAUCUAGAUGGCAAGGUGGAUUGGUUUGACCAUAUCAAAGUGCAGUACUGGCGUUUUUCCGAAAUUGAUGAGAUCAAGUUGAUGCUAGAUUAUGGACUUGAGAAUGUCAACGUUCACUGGUUGUUGCAUGUGAUGGAUUUGACUACUGGUUUGCGAAUUGUAGACUCAGAUAGAGAAACAAUCAUCAUGAAGCAAGUUGCAUAUAAGGUUAAAAACUUUGUGCUGUACUUUGAUCAGUACAAUUCACUUGAUGACAACGCCUGGGAAGACAUUGUGUUGAAUCCAGUUGGUACACUACCCAAAGUGUUAAGUCCCAGGAAGGUGGCACCUGAAAGAGAUGAUGAUGUGGGCAGCGAAGGCAGUGACAAGGAUGGCAGUACAGAUGGGGAAUUUGUAUACAGUGACUAUGAAGUUGAUGAUGACGACGAUGACCUAUUUUAUGACAAUGUUGAUGAUGGGAUGGUUGAUGAGGGUGCAGCCAAGGGCAUGAACAUGGCAACAGAUAGGGAAUGGGAUGAGCCAUCAUCUGAUGAGGAUGAGUUGGAGUUACCAGAUUCUAAUGAAGAGGGUCAGGUUGGGAGGAAUUUGAAGACCUUCAGGCUAAAGGACAUGCAGAACCCUAUUUUCAAAAUUGGAAUGAAGUUUGCAUCAGUAGAAUUGCUUAGAAUGGCUAUUAUAGAGUACAAUAUCAAACAAAGGGUGGAGAUAAAGAUGCCAAAGAAUGAUAGGACCAGAAUCAAAGCACAUUGUGAUGCAGGCCACUUCAAAGGGGAGAACUUGAAGAAUCAACUGUGGGCUUGUGCUAGAGUAAGUACAAUAACAUGGUGGAACCAAGAGAUGGAGAAAAUGAAAGUGCUGAACAAGGAUGCAUAUGCCUGGUUAGAGAAGAUGCCACCAAACACAUGGGUCAGGGCUUUUUUCAGUGAGUACCCGAAGUGUGAUAUCCUGUUGAACAACACUUGUGAAGUAUUCAACAAGUAUAUCUUGGAAGCUAGAGAACUACCUAUCUUGAGCAUGCUAUAG